AUGCGCUUCGGAUCUCAGAUUAUCUGGCUCUUGGCCGCGGGAGGGGCCCUGACCUCUGCAGCGAGCAGUUCUUCCUCCUCAGCGAGCAGCUCUUCUUCCGCAGCGAGCAGCUCUUCUACUGGCUGCGCUGUUACCUCUUCAGAUACUCAGGUUCUGCAGUAUACAUGGGCAAUUUCGAUGUUCUUAAAUAAAUUCUACGCAUCGGUUGCACUCAACACAAGCGUUGCCUCGUCAGUCUCGAACAGCACCAGCGCUUCGAAGGUUCUGGCGAACCUCCGAGGCAUCGAGCACGCCGACAACUUGACCGUCGAGGCCGUGAGGGAGCUCGGAUCUCAGGCUCCCGGCUUCAAAGAGCCAUCAUGCUCGUACACCUACCCCACGGUCAACAGCAUUCAAACAUUCGUCCAAUAUGCGUACCAAUUUGAGUCCACUCUCACUGGCGCUUGUAUCGGCGUUGCUGGCUACACCAAGUCGCCCGAGGUCGCUUUCCUUCUGGCUCGCCUUGCCGCUCAGCACAGUGCUCAAGCUACCUAUAUCGGUAGCCGCCUGAACUCCUCCAUGUUCAUGACCAACUCCUCCUCGUUGGUUUCUGCGUACCCGCCUAUGCAGGUUCUCUCGACCACCAGCAACUCGACUGGAAGUCUGGGAAAGUACUUGGGUGGUUGCGUCACUGCUCCUCAGAACCCAUGCGGUGCUCUCAAGAUCGGUCCUCUGGAGGCCAACAUUACCUCCAGUGCGAGCGGCAGCUCUUCCACUCCUAUGACCAGCAGCACCGCUUCGGUCCGCCUGCACUAA